CCCAACGUCACCGCUGAUGUAAGCACCUUCGCCUUCGUCCUUGGAGAAGAAAACCCCUACCACACCGUUCUUUCUCCAUCGUGCAACUUUAUGCAGACGGAAUAUCUUUGCAGAUGGCGCGUGGGAGACCUAAAAGCUAUAUCGCCCCAUGCCGUUUUUGUGAUAAGCAAUUCAAGCGGCUGGAACAUUUGCAGAGGCAUGAGCGCACACAUACCCAAGAGAAACCAUUUGUUUGCCAGUGCGGUCGCUCGUUUUCCCGACAGGAUCUUCUCAGCCGCCAUGAACGGCUUUCUCAUGCGACCACAGGCGUAACGGAGACUCCUCGUCAGCUUUCGUCAUCACUAACCAAUUCUCAUGGCCGAGACGGAACCGAUCUGGUGGCAGAUUCACUGCCUCAAGUUUUGGGGGACAACAGUAUCAUGGAAAAUACCAGCUCGGCUUUGGAUACGGGCAGUUCAACACAAUCAAACCCUGCAUUACCCGUGACCCCUUUCAUGUUUGGCUCUUCCACCGAGAGCUUUUCUAAUCCGGGCUUUAUGCAACCAAAUGGUGACAGAUUGAAUGAGCUUGACCUGCUUGAUGAGAAUAGCUCAUUGGCCUUUCAUGACUUCGUCCCUUCUCAAUUCUUGGAUACAGACAUUUCAUUAUCUGAACUUCUUCAUCAGAGCUCCCUUCCGGCCAACCUGGACUUUAUGAGACCUGAGUUCCCAACAGCGCUCGCUGAAUCGAGUCCCCAGGCUCAACCACACUCUCCGACGAUACACCCGGGCCAAGAUUUGAACUCAGCCGCAUCGCCUCCUCCCAGAAUCCCAUCUAUUGAUGACCAACCAAACACCAGUCACUCCGACCUGGCAAACGACACAGCAGAAAAACCAUGGGCAGUGUCUGCUUCAGCCUACCAGGCGAUUUCCAACAAGCUGUCCCAGAGCAAAUCCAUUUUAUCUACCCCGAUAGAGUUCUCGCUUCCUUCCAGACAUACCCUUGCGCGCUAUCUCGAAGGUUAUUUCCGUGGAUUUCAUCAUCAUAUGCCUUUCCUUCAUUUACCAAGCUUUGACCCGGAAAAAGUCGAUAUGGAACUCUUUCUUGCACUGACCUCACUCGGUGCGUUAUAUCGCUUCGAAAAAGCAAGGGCCUACCAAAUGUACGGGGCCUGCCGGACUCUGAUAGACGAAUGCAUGCAAAGCCACCGUAAGCAAACAAUAGCACAAUUGACCACGCUAGCAGCAAGUGACACGGUAAGGCCUGUGUCGUAUUCGCCCUAUGAUGCUCACACCCCUCGACAUACCUUGGGGGCGGAGGGCGCCGUGGUAUGGGAAGCUCCGUAUCCAACUCUGCAGCAGGUACAAGCCAUGAUUAUCCUUAUGGCUAUGACAGCAUGGUGCGAAGAGCCACUUGUGCGGGAAAGCCUUGCCAUGAGCAGUCAGGUUGCUGUAUUCGUACGGUGUCUGGGAAUACACCAGGAUGACAACAUUAUUGGCCAGGAGGUGGAGUGGUCAGCUUGGAUCGCUCACGAAGAGCGGCGGCGUACUCUACUGGUAGCUUAUGUCUUCUUCAAUCUCCAGAGCAUCACAUUUAACAUCCCACCCAUGAUAUUAAGCCAAGAGGUCGCAAUUUGCCUACCGUCGUGUGAAGCGGAAUGGAAUGCCCCUUCCUUUACUACCUGGCAGCGGCACCGUGCACAGUCCCGCUUGCGCGAGCGUCCCUUUACCUCCACCCUUGACCAGCUCCUCAUGGGACAAAAUAUUUCCGACAAAGGAGCUGUGUCAGGAUUUUCUAACUACGUCCUCAUUCAUGGGAUUGUGCAGAAGAUCUUUCUUGACCGUCAAGCGGAAGGCUGUCAUGCGCAAGAGCUUUCUCAAACAUGGUCGAUGUCACUUAAAUCGACAGAGAAAGCCUUACGGGCCUGGCAACGGUCCUGGGAAGCGACGACGGAGUCAACACUUAAUCCCUCUUCUCCAAAAGGUCCUUUAGGGUUCAGUGCAACCGCAUUGCUCCGUCUGGCGCACAUUCGACUUAACGCCAACCUAGGGGCGUGCCGUGAUCUCGCCUCCGGUGAACCUGAGCGCAUUCGACAAGCUUGCACCAACACGCAGCUAUGCCCGCUCGCUCGCUCACCUUCCUUGGACCGAGCCAUCCUGCAGUGUAUCCAUGCCCUGAGUAUUCCGAUCCGUAUCGGUAUACCAUACGUGGCACAUACGCAGGCCCUCCACUGGAGCACCGAACACACUAUUUGCUACCUAGAGUGUGCCUUUCUCUUGACAAGAUGGAUGCAGGAGGCAGCAGAAGUUGUCCGCAUUGGCGGCAUGGCGGCCUUACGCGAUGAUGAACAGAAAUUGCUUGGUAUGACGCGCAACCUCGUGGGAGAAACCAAUCUAGAAGUGGUCGAUUCCACCGAGGAACCCUCUAUACAGAUUCGCCGGCUUGCAGCUGCUACAGCCCGGUUAUGGGCGGAUAUCUCUAGUGGAAUACAUGUAUUUCAUUUCGAGCAUCGAGUUGGUCUGUCUUUAUCGAUCAUUGCUGAUUUCCUAGAAUCUGAACUGUCUCGUUCCUAAACACUUUGCCCCGCACAUAUAGAUAAUGAAAUACAGUCUGAGCUACAGUUUAUAUAUUAGCAAGACCAAAAUCAUACUGGCU